ACCAUCCAACAAAACUCAACACACUUAAAAAAAAAUGGCAACGAGAAUAGUGGGAGAGAAGCAAAACAAAGGAUCCAUGUAUGUAUACAACUUAGACACCGGAAAUCCAAAGCCAAAGCCGAAGCCAGAACCAGACUUAUCAACCAUGUUAAAGAAAGGGAUAUCAAAAGGAUGGCCCCUUAGAAGAUCGAAAACGUAUCGCGAAAAUCAUCAUCAAGGUGAGUUAAAAACAAAUAACAAUGUUGUCAUCACAACAACAAAAGGAGAAACAACAAGAAAAUCAGUUUCAUCAAUUGAAGGACAAGUUAUUGUUAAUAAGGAAAUUCAUGAAUUAUCAAGAAAUCCAAUUAUUGAAUCAAGAAAAUCAGCUUCUUGUGUUAUUGGAACAAGAAAAUCAUUGACACAUGUUGAAUUAAAUGUGGCAUCAAUGGCUGUAAUUCUUCAAGUUAAAGUAUUGGUCACAGACAUGCCAGGAUUUAUGCAAGUUCAUGCUUUUAAAUGUGCAAGAACUACUUAUGAUAGCUUGGAGAAAUUUAGUUCCAAACAUAUGGCCUAUAACAUGAAAAAGGAAUUUGAUAAAAUAUAUGGGCCGGCCUGGCAUUGCAUAGUGGGCUCAAGUUUUGGGUCAUAUGUUACCCACUCCACAGGUGGAUUCCUCUAUUUUUCAAUGGAAAAACUUUAUAUUUUAAUCUUCAAGACAAAAGUCCAAAAGACCAUUGAGUCCUAAAUAAUUAAUUUACUUUGGUAGUAAUACUUUUACCUUUUGAUUUUUAUCACUUUUUUAAAUUUAAAAUUAUCUUUAUUUAUUUUUUAGAUUUGUAAAUGGAAAUUAAUUGAAAUGAA